GGAAACCUUCAUUCUGUAGGUAGCAUCCUCUGUGAAGAGGUGGUGUCCGGAAGUGUUGAGAAGAAAGUACCAGCUUGCUGUCCUAUAACAUCAGAAUGAUCUCAUAGAUUUGAUACUUUAUCAGCUGCAAAAAAUUAGAAGAAAUGCAGGCGAGACUUAGGAGCAAACAAGCAAUCCCGAAUCACCUGCAGCAUCAAGAUCAGCUAACCCUGCGCCCUCUGCCUCUCUCCAUCACAACAACAACAACGUUUGCAUCAUGGCGGACCAGACCGCCCGCCAGCUUCAAUAUGAAUACAAAGCGAACUCCAACCUUGUGCUUCAAGCUGAUGUUCGGCUCAUUGAGCGGCGCAGCAAAGAUGAAGCAACAGGCGAGGUCAUGUCCCUCUCUGGCAAGCUGGAGGGGACCCGCAUGGGUGACCGCUACCAGCGCACCAAGCCACAGCAGCCCAAGGAGGAGCAGCGGCGCUCCAAGAAACAGAAGCGUGAGGAUGCACCCACUAUUGCCGUCAAGAACAUGAGCAUUCUGGAGUUGGACGACAUGGCCGACAUCUUCUACCGUCCCAAAAGCACAGAAACCAAGCAGACGUACGAGGUGAUCCUGUCCUUCAUCCAGGAGGCACUGGGGGACCAGCCACGCGACGUGAUGUGUGGUGCUGCUGACGAGGUUCUGGCAGUGCUCAAGAAUGACAAAUUGAAGGACCGGGAGCGUAAGAGAGAAACUGAGGAGCUCCUUGGCAGCCUGGCAGAAGAGAGGUUUGCUGUGCUUGUCAACCUUGGCAAGAAGAUAACAGACUUCGGCCACGACACCAAGACAGUUGCCAGUGAGGCAGUGCUGGAUGAGACCCAUGGUGUCAAUGUCCAGUUUGAGGACUCAGAGGAGGAGGAGGAGGAAGAUGUGGCUGGGGAGGUGGGUGAAGAAGAAGAGGAGGAGGGUGAGAAUGAAGAUGGAGUGACAGGAUCUCAUGCCAUUCAUGCUGAGAACCUGGCUGGCCGGGAGCAGGGCGGGUCCAAGAAGGAGCGCACGCUGUCACCCCACGACAUUGGGGCGCACUGGCUGCAGCGAGAGCUGAACCGCUUCUAUAAUGAUCCCAUCCAGGCACAGACCAAGGCCAGUGAUGUCCUGGAGAUCCUCAAGUCAGCCAAGGAUGAUCGUGAGUGUGAGAACAAGCUUGUCCUCAACCUGGGAUAUGACAAGUUUGAGUUCAUCAAGGUGCUCAACAGGAACCGCCAGAUGGUCCUGUACUGCACACUGCUCGCCUCAGCCCAGUCUGAGGGGGAGAAGGAGGAUGUGCGGCGCAUCAUGUUGGCCGAGCCAAACCUCAAGCGCAUUUUGGCUCUCCUGGAGAAUGAAGAGGAGGCCAUGGAUGUAUCCAAGGAUGGAGAGGACAUAGGAGGCUCCAGGCCCCGCAGAGUCAACACAGAGGCCAUGGAGACAGAUGACAAGACAGGUCAGGUUCCAGGCCACAGGGAGUUCAUUGAUCUGGAGAGCCUUGUGUUUGCUACCGGCUCCCACUACAACUCCAACAAAAAGUGCCACUUGCCUGAGGGCUCCACCCGACAGAUGAAGAAGGGCUAUGAUGAGAUACACGUUCCAGCUCUCAAGCCUAAGCCCUUUGCUCCUGAUGAGACAUUGGUGCCCAUUGCUAACCUGCCUGCCUAUGCCCAGCCAGCCUUUGAUGGCUUCAAAAACCUGAACCGCAUCCAGAGCAAGUUGAACCGAGCAGCCAUGGAGAGUGACGAGAACCUGCUGUUGUGUGCCCCAACAGGCGCUGGUAAAACUAACGUGGCUCUUCUCACCAUCUUGCGGGAGGUGGGCAAGAACACCAACGCCGAUGGCACCAUCAAUUCAGAUGCCUUCAAGAUAAUCUAUGUGGCCCCCAUGCGCUCCCUCGUAACAGAGAUGACCCAGAACUUCUCCAAAAGGCUGGAGCCAUAUGGUCUCAAGGUUGGGGAGCUGACAGGAGACCACCAGCUCACUCGGGAACAGAUCAUGGAGACACAGAUCAUCGUGUGCACCCCAGAGAAGUGGGACGUCAUCACACGUCGUGGGGGAGAGCGUGCCUACACUCAGCUGGUGCGGCUCAUCAUUUUUGACGAAAUUCACCUCCUCCACGACGAGCGUGGCCCUGUUCUUGAGGCUCUGGUUGCCCGAACAUUGCGCAACGCAGAAACCACCGGGGAUGCCGUCAGACUGGUGGGACUGUCUGCCACACUGCCCAACUAUGAAGACGUUGCUGCCUUCCUGAGGGUCAACCUGAAGACUGGCCUCUACUUCUUUGACAACAGUUUCCGGCCAGUUCCGCUCUCCCAGCAGUACAUUGGCAUCACGGAGAAGAAAGCCAUCAAGCGGUACCAGGUGAUGAACGAUAUCCUGUAUGAGAAAGUGAUGGAGCAUGCUGGCAAGAACCAGAUCCUGAUCUUUGUGCACUCCAGGAAGGAGACAGCCAAGACAGCGAAGGCCAUCCUUGACAUGUGCCUGGAGAAAGACACACUUGGAAACUUCCUGCGUGAGGGCUCAGCCUCAACAGAGGUGCUGAGGACUGAGGCAGAGCAAGUGAAGAACAAUGACCUCAAGGGACUCCUGCCUUAUGGGUUUGCCAUCCAUCACGCCGGCAUGAACCGUGUGGACCGUAACCUGGUGGAGGAUCUGUUUGCCGACAGACACAUCCAGGUGCUGGUGUCCACAGCCACCCUGGCCUGGGGUGUCAACCUGCCAGCCCACACCGUCAUCAUCAAGGGCACGCAGGUGUAUGAUGCCAGCAAGGGCCGCUGGGUGGAGCUGGGUGCCCUGGACAUCCUGCAGAUGCUUGGUCGAGCCGGUCGUCCACAGUAUGAUACCAAGGGCGAGGGCAUCCUGAUCACCAACCACUCUGAGCUGCAGUACUACCUCUCCCUCAUGAACCAACAGCUGCCCAUUGAAUCUCAGCUGCUGUCCCGGCUGCCCGAUUUGCUCAAUGCCGAGAUAGUGCUGGGGACAGUGCAGAGCGUACGGGAGGCAGUGGCCUGGCUGGGCUACACCUACCUCUAUGUGCGCAUGCUGAGGAGUGGCACGCAGUAUGGAGUGCAGACUGAAGGCUCUGAUAAGUACAUGCAGCAACACAGGGCCAACCUGGUGCACUCUGCUGCCCUCAAGCUGGAGAAGAGUAAUCUUAUUAAGUAUGACAAGAAGUCAGGCCACUUCCAGGUGACUGAGCUUGGUCGUAUUGCCAGCUACUUCUACAUAACCUGUGAGACCAUGAGUGUCUACAACCAGCAGCUGAAGCCCACCUUGAGUGAAAUUGAGUUGUUCCGUGUGUUCUCCCAGAGCUCAGAGUUCAAGAACAUCAUGGUGCGAGAGGAGGAGAAGCUGGAGCUGAAGAAAUUGAUGGAGCGUGUCCCCAUCCCCAUCAAGGAGAGUGUAGAGGAGCCAAGUGCCAAGGUCAACAUCCUCCUCCAAGCUUACAUCUCUCAGCUCAAGCUGGACGGCUUUGCCCUCAUGUCUGACAUGGUGUAUGUCACCCAGAGUGCUGGCCGGCUCAUGAGGGCCAUGUUUGAGAUCGUGCUGCACAGGGGCUGGGCACAGCUGGCUGACAAGACCCUCAACUUGUGCAAAAUGGUGGACAAGCGCAUGUGGCAGUCCAUGUCUCCCCUGCGGCAGUUCAGGAAGAUCCCAGAGGAGGCCAUCAGGAAGCUGGAGAAGAAGAGUGUGCCGUGGGAGCGACUCUACGACCUGGGCCCCAACGAGAUCGGUGAGCUGAUCCGCAUGCCCAAGGGUGGCAAGAUGAUCCAUAAGUACAUCCACCAGCUGCCCAAGCUGGAUCUGGAGACCCACAUCCAGCCCAUCACCAGACAGAUGCUUAAGGUGGAGCUCACCAUCACACCAGACUUCAAGUGGGACGAGAAGGUCCACGGCCGCUCCGAGGCUUUCUGGGUGAUGGUGGAAGACGUGGAUGCUGAGAACAUCCUCCACCAUGAGUACUUCCUCCUCAAGCAGAAAUUUGCAGAAGACGAGCAUGUCAUAAAGUUCUUUGUGCCGGUGUUUGAGCCACUACACCCCCACUACUUCAUCCGCAUCACCUCAGACAAGUGGCUCUCCGCAGAGACUCAGUUGCCUGUGUCCUUCCGCCACCUCAUCCUGCCAGAAAAGUACCCUCCCCCUACAGAACUCCUGGAUCUGCAGCCACUGCCCAUCACUGCUUUGCGAAACCCCCAGUAUGAGGCCCUUUAUCGCUCCCUCAACAAGCAGCAGCAGUUCAACCCCAUCCAGACACAGGUAUUCAAUGCCACCUACAACUCCGAUGACAGCGUGUUCGUGGCGGCUCCAACAGGCUCUGGCAAGACCCUGUGUGCCGAGUUUGCCAUCCUUCGCACAUUCAGUCAAGACGAGAAUGCACGUUGUGUGUACGUGGCCUCCAAGGAUGAGAUUGUGGAGAGCAUGUACGAGCACUGGCAGGAGAGGUUCAGCAACCUGGAUAAGCGUGUGGUGCUGCUGACAGGCGAGACUGGUGCUGACCUCAAGCUGCUGAACAAAGCAAACAUUGUGGUGAGCACAGCUGAGAAGUGGGAUGUGCUGUCACGUCGCUGGAAGCAGAGGAAGAACGUGCAGAACAUCAGCCUGUUCAUUGUAGACGAGCUGCAGCUGAUGGGUGGCUCUGACGGGCCAACACUGGAGGUGGUCUGCUCCCGCAUCCGCUACAUUGCUUCCAAAAUCAGCCGUCACAUUCGUAUUGUGGCCCUCAGCUCUUCCCUGGCCAAUGCACGUGAUGUGGCCCAGUGGCUUGGCUGCUCAUCCAACUACACCUUCAACUUCCACCCCAAUGUGCGACCACUGCCCCUUGAGCUCCACAUCCAAGGGUUCAACAAUCCCCACAAUGCCUCCCGGCUAUAUGCCAUGGCCAAACCAGCCUACCUGGCCAUCCUCAGGCAUAGCCCCCACAAGCCUGCCAUGGUGUUUGUCCCAUCACGCAAGCAGAGUAUGAUAACGGCCAGUGACUUACUCACCUUCGCUGCAGCAGACAAGGAGCCCCAGCGCUUCCUCCUGGUGGGACAAGAGGAGAUGGCCGAGUUCCUUCCACAGAUUGGAGAUGAGAUGUUGAGGGAGCUGGUGGGCCAGGGCGUUGGGUACCUACACGAGGGGCUGACAGCUCGGGACCGGCGGCUGGUGGAGCGGCUGUUUGAGGCUGAGGCCAUCCAGGUGGUGGUGGUGAGCCGAGCGCUGUGCUGGGGCAUUACAGCUCCAGCACACCUGGUGGUCAUCACAGACACUCAGAGUUACAAUGGCCGGCUGCACACCUACGAGGACUACCCCAUCACUGACACCCUGCAGAUGGUGGGCCGAGCCAACCGUCCCACAGAGGAUGAUGAGGCCAAGUGUGUCCUGAUGUGCCACUCCUCCAAGAAGGACUACUUCAAGAAGUUUCUGUAUGAGCCGCUGCCCAUUGAGAGCCACCUUGACCAUGCCCUCCACGACCACUUCAACGCCGAGAUUGUCACCCGGACCAUCGAGAACAAGCAGGAGGCCGUGGACUACAUCACCUGGACUUUCCUGUACCGCCGCAUGACCCAGAACCCCAACUACUAUGGCCUGCAGGGCGUGUCCCAUCGCCACCUUUCUGACCACCUGUCUGACUUGGUGGAGAGUACGCUCCAUGAUCUAGAGGAGUCCCGCUGCAUCACCAUCGAGGACGACAUGGACACGGCACCGCUCAACCUGGGCAUCAUUGCGUCCUACUACUACAUCAACUACACCACCAUCGAAUUGUUCAACAAGUCCCUCAACAGCAAGACCAAGAUCCGCGGUCUCCUUGAGAUCAUCUCCAGUGCAGCAGAGUAUGAGAGUGUUCCCAUCCGCCACGGUGAGGAGGAUGCUCUGCGCCGCCUUGCCCAGAAGGUCCCCAACAAGCCUGAAGGAAAGGUGUCUGAUCCCCACACCAAGACUAACCUCCUCCUGCAGGCACAUCUCUCUCGCCUCACUCUCAGUGCCGAACUGCAGCAGGACACUGAGCUGGUCCUUGGCCGUGCCCUGAGGCUCAUCCAGGCCUGUGUGGAUGUGCUGUCGUCCAAUGGCUGGCUGGCUCCUGCCCUCUCUGCCAUGACCCUCGCCCAGAUGGUGACACAGGCCAUGUGGUCCAAGGACUCCUACCUCAAGCAGCUACCACACUUUUCAGCCGAAAUCAUUGAGCGCUGCGAGGCAAAGGAGGUCACUUCCGUGUUUGACAUCCUGGAGCUUGAGGAUGAUGACCGAAACCGCCUCCUGCAACUCUCCGAUGCCCAGAUGACCGAUGUGGCGCGCUUCUGUAAUCGCUACCCAAGCAUCAACUUGGACUAUGAAGUGAUGGAGUCCGACCAGAUCACCAGCGGGUCAAUGGUGAAUGUGGAGGUGGUGCUGGAGCGUGAGGAUGAGCCAGGGCCUGUCAUCGCCCCGCUGUUCCCACACAAGCGAGAAGAGGGCUGGUGGGUGAUCAUUGGAGACCCAAAGCCUAACUCCCUCAUCUCCAUCAAGCGUCUCACCCUCCAGCAGAAGGCGAAGGUGAAGCUGGACUUUGUGGCACCCAGUGAGGGAAGCUACGAGUACCGCCUCUACUUCAUGAGCGACGCAUACAUGGGUUGUGACCAGGAGUACAAGGUGCCUCUGAGGGUCAGGGAAGCAGAGUCAGAGUCUGAAUCAGAUAGUGACUAAGACUCAGAGAAGUUACUUCCAGCACAACAAACCACUUCAUUCUUUCUCCAUUGUGUCAGAAUGUGGAGGCUUGGAGUUUUGCUGGUGGCUAUAAGUGGCUCCCUCUAACUUUAGGACUCUUCACUCUCAGUGGCAUAGGAUGGGCUGUCCAGUUUUAUGGAUACUUUAUGUUAAGUAAGUGACUGAUGUGUAUCAGCAUUUACUUGAUGUGUGUUUUGUGAUCAUGUAGUGGAGAGCCAGUGAUUUUCCAUGGAAUUGUUAAUGAACAUUUUCCAGGUGCACCAAGGUAUUCCUGCAGUAGUAAUGUGGUAGUCAUGCAGAUGUCCAUAUGUGUGCCAAGUCAUCUGUAGCUCUUUUGCAGUCUUGUAAAUUAUGUUAUUCCUUUUAUGGUGGUUAUGUGUAUUACUGUAUAUUGUACAGUAUACAGCCACAUGCAGUUGAUGUAGGGUUCAAACCUAAAUCAUGACUGUGACAGUACACAAAUAAAUCAUGAAUGUAUAUACAUUUUAUACAUUCAUUUACUGAAAAAUAUGAGAUAUAAAUAGUUUUUUUUUCUUUUUUUUUUUUCUGGAAUCUAUAUAAUGAAUACAGGAAUACCUUGAGGAACAACUUGAGAUUGUUUUGUCAGAUAUGAAACCUUUAAAUGUGAUGUCAAUUAUAGCAACAAUAUUUUUGCAAGUAGUUUACACUCACACCAGGAGACAGUUACCCACAGAAAGGUUUGGGCACUGAUACACUGAUAUAGCCAGGAACACAGAAUCCUUGGAUAUAGCAUAGGUAACAUUAGAAAGAAGAGUAUUUUAGACUGAAAACUAAGUGUUGGUUAGUCUUCUGUAUUGGAGGGAAAGGUCCAUUUUGUGAACUUGAAAAUUACCCUGUUGACUGCUAAUAUCACUCUUUAUUUUGAAUAAAUCUAGAAGACUUAAGUGAACAAAAAAUAUAUAUAAUUGCAGGUUGUAGGAAGAUUCAACUACACAGUUACCCAUAUUAUCAUCAUUGACAUCUCUAAAUUGUAUUCUUGCACAAGAGCAUUUUGUAUAACUUGAGUACCUGAUAUCAGUCAAAAAGGAAGUAAAGUGGUGCCUGGGAGACAUUUGUUAAUCUAAGUACGUACCAGAAAUAUGUGGUUAUUUCUGAAGUCACCUGAAGCAUCUGGCAUUAAAACCCUUUCACUGCCACUUGUCGCAUCAUUCUGUAAUCAAUAACCACUCCGAGACAUAUUUUCUUGUUCUGCCAUUUCUAAACAUUGUACUAGCCAGAAAUUGCAAAAACCUGUUCUUUUUAUCCGUUUUGUUGUAGAUGCUUGUAAAGACUCCAUAGAUUGCCUUUUGUGCUGUGAAUUGUUGCAUACUGCAGUGAGAGGGUUAAGUGAGGCAUGUUACAGAUAGUGAAUCAACAUUCCCAGAUGCACUCUGACCCACCUUGCUGUUCGAGAUCUUUUACAAGGGAAUAUGAUUUUGUACAGUUUUAGUGCCCCUCUUUUUUUUUUUUUUUUUUUUUUUUUUUAUGUAUUUUUUUUUCUUUUUUCAGAGAUUAAAACUAGAAAGAAA